AUGGAUCGGAAGCGACAUGGUGUCGCCGAUUUUGAUCAGCAGCUGAUGUGGCGAGGACACUCAGAUCCACUAGGUUUCCCCAGCAGAGCGGAAAGUCCGAUCCCCCAACCAGCGAUAUCGAGACUGGAGGUCGCAGACCUGAUGCUAGAGAGGUCGAAUACUAUAAUCGAGACUAACAACGAAACGGAGCGCUCUAUGACGCUCCGCGAAGGCAUACACCUCUACCCCAAAGCCAUAACAUGGUCAGUGCUACUAUCGAUGACGCUUAUUAUGGAGGGCUUUUCGACCAUCCUCGUCCCGAAUCUAUUCUCGAUGCAAGCGUUUAGGAAACAGUUCGGUGGUUUGCAGGCGAAUGGACAGUACGAAAUCAGCGCUGACUGGCAAAGCGCACUCGUGAAUGGUGGCUUGGCGGGGCAGAUUGUAGGGCUCUUUGCUACAGGAACACUAGCAGAGCGUAUCGGGUACCGCUACACGCUCAUGGUAGGAUUGGUGGCGAUGAGCCUGUUUAUACUUGUACCUUUCUUCGCCAUAAGUAAGGAGGUUCUAUUGAUAGGACAGUGUCUACUAGGCAUGCCCUGGGUGGCCUUGAGGGCUUAUCUGACAACUUAUGUCAACGCAUGCUGGGUACUCGGCCAACUGAUAGCGUCAGUCGUUAUGCGCGGCAUGAUUGACAACACUACAACCUGGUCUUACCGCAUACCCUUCGGUCUCCAGUGGAUAUUUCCAAUCCCAAUAUUCUUCGCCGUCUACUCUGCGCCUGAAUCGCCUUGGUGGCUCAUCCGUCAAAAUCGCCUUGAAGAUGCGAGAGCGACUCUGCGCCGACUGCGCACAAAACCAGCAACGAGCUCGGACGACGAGUUUGAGACAACACUAACCGGCACCAUGGAGACGAUGAUACAGACAAACAAGAGAGAAGAACAGAUGCAAAGUGGCACAAGUUACAAAGACUGCUUGAAAGGGGUGGAUAAGCGUAGGACCGAGAUAACGUGCAUGGUCUGGAUCAUCCAGACACUUUGUGGUGGUACAUUCAUGGGGUUUUCCACGUACUUCUACGAACAAGCUGGCCUUGGCUCCACCCACGCUUUCACUCUCUCACUGGGCCAAUUCGCUCUCGGCCUCAUUGGCGUUUUUAUUUCCUGGGCACUAAUGGCACACUUCGGGCGGCGUACACUAUAUCUAUCCGGUCAAGCGAUAACAUUCAUCUUCGUGCUGCUCAUUGGUGUCCUAUCCUGCGUGAACGACUUUGUCGCCGCCCACUCAAAAACGAAAAAGAAUCCCUCGGAGAUCAUUGACCCUCAUCCUUCGCCGCUAAACUGGACCAUCGCAGCGCUAUUACUGGCCUUCACACUGGCAUACGACGCGACUCUCGGCCCUAUCUGCUACUCACUCGUUUCUGAGAUCCCGUCUACACGACUCAGGAGCAAAACAAUCGUCCUAGCGCGAAACUGCUACAACAUCUCUGGUAUCAUCACGAACAUCAUCACUCCACGCAUGUUGAAUCCGACAGCGUGGGGCUGGGGCGCCAAAGCCGGCUUCUUCUGGGCAGGCACAAGCGUACUUGGUAUCUUGUGGAGCUGGUGGCGGCUUCCUGAACCCAAGGGUCGGACUUUUGGAGAGCUCGAUGAGCUGUUUGAGAAGAGGGUAUGCGCACGGAAGUUCAAAAGUACGGAUUUUGCGAUCGCCGGAUUACGCGCUACAGAAGGAGAGAAGAACAGGGUGUAG